AUGGUAGUUACGUCUUUUAUUGUUCAGUUGGCUUUGUUGCCUUGUUUGGCUCUUAGUUCCUCUCUUGCGCCGAGGGCGAAGAAGUUUGACUAUGAUUCCUUGACGCUUCGUGAAGUUGGUGCUCGUAACACUCUUGACUGGCGUGUUUGGCUGGAGAAAGAUGGGCAGCCUAUUUCCUUCUGGCACGAUAUUCCAUUGUACCCCGAGAAGGGCAACAAUGGCAUCGUGAGCUACGUUGUUGAGAUUCCUCGAUGGACAGACGGCAAAAUUGAGACUCGCCGCGAUGAGCCUCUCAACCCCAUCUUCCACGACGACAAGAAAAAGGCCCCUCGCUUCGUUGAGAGUGUCUGGCCUCACAAGUCUUACCCAUUCCACUAUGGGUCAAUUCCCCAGACUUGGGAGAGCCCCAACUUUGACCACGAUUUCACUGGCUACCCUGGUGACAACGAUCCCAUUGAUCUAUUCGAUAUCACCGAGGCGCCUGCGCAUGUUGGACAGGUCAAGUCUGUAAAGGUCCUUGGUGGCCUUGCUUUGAACGAUGGCGGCGAAACUGACUGGAAGGUCAUUGCCAUUGACACCAAGGACCCUCUCGCUGCUCUUGUUGACUCCGUCGAGGAUCUCGAAAAGUAUCGCCCAGGUCUAGCCAAGACCUUCUACAACUGGUUCACCUACUACAAAGUCGCCCGCGGCGACAGUGUUCUCGAGAUCGUUGGCGGCGACUACCAAAACGCCAAGUUCAUGGCCAAGACCAUCAAGAGCAGCCACGGCGACUGGCAGGACCUCGUGCGCGGAAAGGUUGACUCCAACGAGAUCAACUACAACCAGACCAGCACAAAGAGCUAUAAGAGCUAUGUCAAGAGCAAGGAUGCUACUAAGAAGUUCGGCAUUCCUGCCAAGUCUAAUGUUCUUCCUGCUGCGGAGAGACCGGCGAAGUAUGACUUGUGGUAUUACCUUGAUAAGGACUACAAGUUGAUCCAGCUUCCUAAGAACUAAGACGAUGCAGCGUGAGUUGGUACUGACGACUUUUAUUAGAGUAUUAUAAUUCUAUCGAACAUAUUGAAACACAUUCCUCCU